AUGCCACCAAAGAGUAAGAAGCAAAAGGAAGUAGUUCAAGAUGAGCGUUUCCAAGCGAUCGUUUUAACCGAUUCGUUUGAAACUCGGUUUAUGCCGCUUACUUCCGUUAAACCUCGAUGUCUUCUUCCAUUAGCUAACGUUCCUUUGCUUGAAUAUACCUUGGAAUUUCUUGCUAGAGCCAAUGUUAAUGAAGUAUAUUUAAUGUGUUCAUCCCAUGCUGACCAAAUCCAACAUUAUAUUGAAAAAUCCCGUUGGAAUGGACCUCAAUCUCCAUUUCAUAUUACAACAAUUAUGGCAUUAGAAUCUCGUUCGGUGGGUGAUGCAAUGAGAGAUUUAGAUAGUAGAGGAUUGAUUUCAGGAGAUUUCCUAUUGGUUUCAGGCGAUGUUGUCACCAAUAUUGAUUUCGAGAAAGCAUUACAAUUCCACAAGCAAAAGAAAGCAACUGAUAAAGAUCAUAUUUGUACAAUGGUAUUAACUCCUGGAAGUCCUACCCAUAGAACAAGAUCCCCUGUCGAUCCUGCUACAUUUUUAUUAGAUAAAAAGACAAGCAAAUGUUUGUUCUAUCAAGGAAUCCCCACCAUAGAGAGUAAAAAGAAAUCCGACAUUUCCAUCGACACUGAGCUAUUAGAAGAUGUCACAGAUAUGGCUCUUCGUAAUGAUUUAAUUGAUUGCCAUAUUGACAUUUGUACACCUCAUGUGCCUCAAAUUUAUCUGGAGAACUUUGAUUACCAACAUCCAAGAAACGAUUUUCUUAAGGGUAUUUUAGCUUCUGAUUUAUUAAGGAAGACAAUUUACGCAUAUAUUAUUGGUGGUGAUGAGUACGCAGCCAGAGUCGAAAGUUGGGCAACAUAUGCUGCAAUUUCUCAAGACAUUUUGGCUAGAUGGUGUUAUCCACUUGUUCCUGAUUCUAAUCUUUUAGAUACCAACACUUAUUCAUACGAAAUCGGUCAUGUCUACAAGGAAGACAAAAUUGUGUUGGCCCAGUCAUGUAAGAUAGGUAAAUGUACUGCUAUAGGAACUGGUACAUCUAUUGGGGAAGGAUCCAACAUUUCAGACUCUGUUAUUGGCAGAAACUGUCUGAUUGGGGCUAAUGUAACUAUUCAAAAUUCUUACGUGUGGGAUAAUGCUAUUAUUGAAGACGAUGCUCAAAUUAGCCAUGCUAUUAUUGCGUCUCAUGCUACAGUUAAGAAGGAUGCAUCAUUAUCUCCUGGAGUUGUUGUUGGGUUCAACGUUGUCAUCGGAGCAGGCAAACAUAUUCCUCGUCACACACGUCUUGUGGAAAGACCAAUAAUACGGAACGAACAAUUUGGAACAGAAGAUUUCAGUGAAAACGAAAAUAGCGACCACAGCGAUGAAGACUAUAAUCAAGUGGAAGAAGAAGAAGAAGAAGAUGAUGAUGAGAAGACCAUGAAAAUUCCUUAUGUCUCAGUGCAAGAAAUUGAUGUUGUAGGAGAUGAAGGGGUUGGAUAUGUUUACCAAUCGGAAGAUGACGAUGAAGAUGAUUACGACUCCGACGAUACUACCGCACCUAAUUAUCAUGGCAUUGUAUACCAAUUGAAGACAUUGAAUAUUUCGGAUGAUUCUAUUUCCAGUCUUUCGAGUCGCCAUCGUGGAAAGCACAGCCGUUCGCACUCAAGAUCUCGGAGGUUUUCUACAAAUUCCGCAGUGUCUGACACAUAUGGAGAUGCAGAUGAUGUAGAGGAGCACUUUGAUCUGGAGGCAUUUGAUACUGUGAAACGUUCUGUUGACAAUAAUCACGAGCUUGAGUCCGCUAUGUUGGAGUUAAACACUUUAAGAAUGUCUCACAACGCCUCUUAUCAUGAUGUGCGGAUGGCUACAACUAAAGCUCUUCUCUACAAAAUUGCAGCUUUGAUUGAUACCAACAUUAGUAGUGCAAAGGAAACAGCCACACGCAUUUUCUCAACAUGGGGUCCCAUGUAUACCAGACAGGUGUUUAACGAUGAGGAACAAGUAGACUUGUGCCUAAUCUUGCAACUUCGGAUAAGUGAGAUGGAUCGUGCUUAUAGUCGAGUAAUUCUAUUCGUGGCUAUUUCCAAAUUAUACGAGUUGGAUGUCCUUGAAGAAGAAAAUAUUAUACGUUGGUGGGAGUCUCCAAGUUCUAAGAAUUCAGCGGACUUAGAGUUUGUACGUGAAGCAACAGGGCAAUUUAUUGCCUGGCUUCAAACUGCCGAAGAAGAAUCGGAUGAUGAGUAA